UAGCAAUGUUUCUCCCAUUUUAUGUGAUUUACAAAAAUAUGCACAUUUUAAUUUUUAGCUCCAUAGAUCAUAUAAAAACAAUUGAGAAUUUUUCACUAGAACAGUUGCUGGAACUCCAUCGUGGUCAAGGAAUGGAGAUAUACUGGAGAGACAAUUUUGUGUGUCCAACAGAAGAGGAAUACAAACACAUGGUUAAAAGAAAAACAGGAGGACUGUUUGGAUUGGCUGUACGCUUGAUGCAGCUCUUCAGUGAUAAUAAAAGUGAUUUCACCACACUGACUGGAAUUAUGGGCCUAUACUUUCAAAUUAGAGAUGACUAUGCCAACUUGAGAUCCAAAGAAUACACUGAUAACAAAAGCUAUUGUGAAGAUCUCACGGAGGGAAAGUUUUCGUAUCCAAUAAUUCAUGCCAUUCGCUCCCAUCCUGAAGACCCUCAAAUGAUUAAUAUUAUACGUCAAAGAACUCGAGAUGUAGAGAUUAAAAAGUAUUCAGUGGAUCUCAUGGAAAAGUUUGGUUCCUUUGAAUACACAAGAAAAACAUUAGAAGAACUUGAUCGAGAAGCAAGAGUAGAAGUUGAAAGACUUGGAGGAAAUCCUCAUCUAAUAGUAGUGCUGGAUGAACUAAAGACUUGGUAGUAAUUUCUAUUCUGUUGUAUUAAUUUAUUAAUGACCUAAAUUAAAUGUAAGCCCAGUAACUUAGGUUUCAACAUAAAUGUUUGAUAUUAAUCUGUCACUUUUCAUAUACUUGUCACACUAAUAAUAAAUUUAUUUUAAAUCUUUUUUUCAUUUCUCAUGAUUGCACCUAGGAAGACUUGUAACGAAGGCAUUAUUAUAAUUUUACCAGUUUUAUUAUAGAAUUGAUGAAAUAAGACUUCUGUGACUUUCUACAAUUAUUACUAUAUUUUAUUACUUUAUUUUCAUAAGAUUUUUAAAAACAGUUUAUACCUCGAGAUAUGGUAGUAACUAAUAUACUUUUAAAUGAUGUUCAAAAUGUGAAACUUUAAAUAUUAGAUACUGCAUGAUGCUAUUAUCUAUCUAUAUUAUACUAGAUAUAUAUAUUUUAUGCAAACAAAUGAGCCAAACAUGUUUUGAUUUUUGUAUCUAAUGUCAAAUUCUGUGGUUUUAGUAAUCUGUACAUUUACAGUAUUUAGCUGUGAUGCUUUGUUUUUAUUAAAAAAUUGUCAUCAGACAUUCCAAAAUGUAUAUUAAAUAAA